AUGUUGAAAGGUCGCUGGAGAUGCCUUUGCAAACAAAGGAUGUUGCAUUAUAAGCCAACAAUUGCAAGUAAAAUUAUAAAUGCCUGCGCAGUUCUCCACAAUAUUUGUAUUGACAAUUUUGAUGCCGUUGGUGAAGAUGAAGAAUAUGAUGAACCUUAUAAUGCCAAUGACUUAGUACAUUUUCCAGCAGGAAAUGCUCUUCACACAGAGGGUAAUAAUAAUCGAUCAGAAAUUAUGGAUUAUAUAAAUCGUGUUCAAUAA